AUGCCCUACCUGUCAGAAUGGAAACCUGACACAUCGUCCGUCCUCGGUCUUGUUCGCUCGCUCGUCCAGGCAUUUGAGACCAAGCCCCCCGUAUAUUCAAAGCUUCCGCCUCAAUGCCUCCCACGCCCGCAACCACGACCCGAUGGACCACCACCAGUACGCCCUACUACGUCGCUUACAUUGGACCAACCGCUGUACCCUCUGUCCACUACCGACCUACGUUCCAGUUUCAUAUCCUAUCUCUCCACAAAGAUGAAUACCGCACUCACCCGGUCGGCAACGGAAAAAUCCCGCGAUGUCAUGCUUAUACGAGACACGAGCGCAAGGCUGCUCCAAUCGCAGAAGGUCGCCCUUGCGGAAGCGGGCACCGCAGACGAGGAGCUCAGCAUCAGUCUAGCGGAGGAGACAAGUAAGGUCGAAGACCUCAAUAACUGGCUCGCUUGGCAUCCGCCUUUGCACGGCGCCGAUAUUGAUGUCGACACAAGACCAAGGCACGCAUUGCGCGAGCAGGAAAUGGAGUGCAGAGCUAGGGAUUCCGCUCUGACAGACGCGUUAGAUGCUGCAGAUCAGGCCAUUGCGAAGCGAAUGCUUUCUAUCGACGAAUACAUUAGAGUGGUUAGAUCAAUUGCGAGGGAGCAAUUCUUUGAAAGACUGAAAAUGGCAAGAAUAAGGAAGAGAUUAGGGGAAAUGAAAGGCGACGCAAAAAGGACGGCGCAGCGCCUUGCGGAAAGUUGAGAAAGCCACAGCAAGUAGAAGCUUGGACAAGCGGUUUCGUGUCGUCAAGUGGAAUGUAGAUAGGGAUUGGGUGCCGCAGACAAACGGUUCGGCCGCUAUAAUCAUGAAAGUAGGUAACGUGGCGAAGAGGCGAUUUCUUUCCUGUUACGUUGGGAGAUGGAGACAACCGACAUGUAUCAUUAAUUAUGUAGCUCCAGUGUGUUGGUGGACCAUAUGAGUCUGUCGAAAUGUAAAGUGGCGGCGGCUCUUCCACGCGAGGAUGGACAAGGCA